AAGAACGGUAACCCAAAAACCCAACGAAAUCAAAGCCGUUGGUUUCACGACAAAUCUCCAUUGCAGUAAUCUGACAACAUCGGAGAUCCCAAAUCGCGUAGACCAUCCGAAGCUUCGAAUAUCUCUUUGGAUCUCUUCCUCGUUUCCAAAAACCCUCCAUUUUAUCUCUCCUCCAGACGCGCCAAUCAAAAACCCAAAUCGAGGAUUGGAUCGAACUCCAAUCCACCCUUUUCGUUCUCAAAUCAGAAUCCCUCACUUCUAAAAUCCAAUCCUGUUCUCUUUUCGCCAGAUGAAUCGCAAAUUGAUCGGCCUCUUCUUAUGCGUUCUAGUUAUCGUAUCUGGGUUUUUGGGUUCGAGCGGCAGCGUUUCGAGCCUGGUCGGGAAUGAUCUCGAUGGAGUCAGUACUCAGCCGGCUAAGCGGUCUCUGUUGUCGAUUUCUAAUGAGCAUGAUACUGCAUUGGUUGCUGCCUUGGAUGGAACAAUCCAUUUAGUUGAGCCUAAAUCUGGGAAAGAUUUAUGGUCAUUUAUAUCAGGACCAUCAAUUUACUCUUCCUAUCAGGCUACUGUUGAGCAUGAUGAUGAUGAUGAUAAGGAGAACAUUUCCCGGCUGAGCAGCUUCUUCAUAGAUUGCGGGGAUGACUGGGCGUUGUAUAUGAAUGAUGCCUUUGGUAAGAGGAAACUCAAAGAGACUAUUGAAGAGUUCAUCAGCAAUACUCCACUCAUAGCAGAAGAUGGAGGAGUUGUACUUGGGUCAAAGAAGACUACUGUGUUUCUGGUUGAUGCUAAGACUGGAAGGCUAAUCUACACUUACAAGAUGUCUGAUCCUCCACCCACGUCACAGAGCAACGUUGUAAACAGUGUAUUAAACAGUACUACCUUUGAUGAACUGGGACAGUCAGGUUCUUUGAACUUUGAGCCUGAUGAGCUUCCUCUUUACAUCACAAGAACUGAUUACUCACUGAAGUCUUUCGCUCUAAAUACCGACAAAGUUCUUUGGAACAUGACAGUUGCUGAAAUUGGGGCUGCUUACCUUUGUCAAGACACUGAAAAUUCAUUUAGUGGGGCUCUUUCCGAGUCUGAAUCUGAAUUUCCUCCUGCCCCUGGGGUUAACUUCAGUAUGCCAUUGCCAUGUCAAUCAAAGGCUGUUGUAUACCGCUUUCACCGUCAUAAUAUGCUAGGACCAUUUUAUAAGCCUAACAUGCUGCCUGAGGCUCAUGAUGAAGAAAUGAUGCUUCCAGAGUCCAAUUCAAAGCAUGGGCUUCAUUGGCAGCCUCCCAAGGUUGAUAAAUUACCAGGAUUGCAUGGUAAUGAUGAGAUACUUUCACUGCCUGCUCCAAAUGAACCUUACAACAACAACAUUGGUCUAGGGCCAUCAGUGGUUCAAAUGACUGAGAAUUCGGGGAUCUCUGUUAUGCAAGAUGUGAAAAUGCGUGGCAGUGGUGGACUAAAUAUGGUUUCUAAAGGGUCUAGUGGAUAUUCUCUUAUAUCUCUGGUAAUCACUACUGUAUGCCUUGUCCCCUGCCUUUAUUUUUUAAUGGCUAGGAAGGACGGUGAGGGAAAUAAGCAGCCCAAUGACUUAAAUGCAAGUACCGUGACUUCAAAAAGAAAGAAAAUACGGAGGUCAGGAAAAAAUAAUGGUCGCACCUCGUCUGGUGAUGGAUAUGAUGAGAGACCAUGGUUGAAACUCAAUCAAGGAGUGGACGAAAGUUUAGAUGGACGCACAAUUGGUAAAUUGUUUGUCUCCAAUAGAGAGAUUGCUAAGGGAAGCAAUGGUACCAUUGUGCUCGAGGGAAUUUAUGAAGGCCGUCCUGUUGCUGUGAAACGUCUUGUCAAGACCCAUCACGAUGUUGCUUUCAAAGAAAUCCAGAAUCUUAUUGCAUCGGAUAGACAUCCAAAUAUUGUUCGAUGGUAUGGAGUUGAAUCAGACCAGGAUUUCGUGUAUCUGUCAUUGGAGCGUUGCACUUGCAGCCUAAGUGAUUUAAUUCAGAUGCACUUGGAUGCUCCAACCGUUGGUGAGGACCAAGCUACGGAAGUCAAAAUCGAGUAUAAAAUCCGUUUUGAAUCAAUGGAGGGCACUGUGCCGGAAGUUAAAUUGUGGACAGACAAAGGCUAUCCUUCUCCUAUGUUUUUGAAAUUGAUGAGGGAUGUGGUUUCUGGGCUUGUGCAUUUGCAUGAAUUGGGGAUAGUUCAUCGAGACUUAAAGCCUCAAAAUGUGCUGAUAAUUAAAGACAGAUCUUUAUGUGCAAAGCUUUCUGAUAUGGGUAUCAGCAAGCGCCUUGUUGGGGAUAUGUCUUCCUUGGGCCAUCAUGCUACUGGUUAUGGAAGUUCGGGGUGGCAAGCUCCCGAACAGCUUCUCCAUGGGCGCCAAACGCGCGCUGUUGAUAUGUUUAGCUUAGGCUGUGUCCUCUUUUACUGUAUUACCGGUGGUCGACAUCCGUUUGGUGACCGUCUUGAGCGUGACAUCAACAUUGUGAAGAGCAAAGCUGACCUCUUCUUAGUGGAGUAUAUUCCAGAAGCUGUGGAUUUGUUAUCCCGUUUAUUGGACCGGGAUGCCGAAUUAAGGCCGAAGGCAUCGGAGGUGUUUAAUCAUCCUUUGUUUUGGGAUUCUGAGAUGAGAUUAUCAUUUCUCCGUGAUGCGAGCGAUAGGGUAGAACUAGAAGACAGGGAAGCUAACUCUAAUCUUUUAAAAGCAUUAGAGAGGAUAGCUCCCUUGGCUUUAGGCACAAAAUGGGACGAAAAGAUGGAACCAACAUUCUUGAAAAACAUCGGAAAAUACAGGCGGUAUAAGUUUGACAGUGUUCGUGACUUACUGCGAGUCAUGCGGAACAAGCUGAAUCAUUAUAGGGAACUUCCUCUUGAAAUUCAGGAAAUUCUAGGACCGGUACCUGAAGGAUUUGAUGGCUAUUUUGGGAGUCGGUUUCCGAAAUUGUUGAUGGAAGUGUAUAAAGUCCUGCAUAAGUAUUGUAGAGAGGAGGAAGGGUUUAACAAGUACUUCAAAGCCAGUGUAGUUUGAAUAUAUGCUACAACAGACUACAUGAGCGUGCAGAAUGCACGGUAUGGGGUCCUUCUGACUGACGGAUGUGUGAUCGUACUUCUAACUUGUGUACAAAUGUAAAUAUGGCUGUAAUCGGAUUAUGAUUGAAGAUGUUGAUUAAUGUUACUAACAUUUAUAGACCUGAAUUUGAAAUAUCAUUUCGUAUUC